AUGCGGCUGUUUAUGGCGGUCAACUCGGUCACCUACGACCAUCCCGACCCAUCCAUCGGCACGGUUUUGUCGUCCUACACUUCCACACCGGGCCUGGCGAACGUGGACUUUGUGAUAUUCCCGCCCCGGUGGCUUCCUGCAGAAGGCACUUUCCGACCUCCUUGGUUUCAUCGAAACUGCAUGAGCGAGUUCAUGGGCCUGCUUACAGGCAGCUACGAUGCCAAGCCGGACAGCUUUGUGCCCGGCGCGUCCUCGAUUCACAACAGGUACAUUCCGCAUGGUCCGGAUGCUGCGGCGGUGGAGACGGGCACGGAGCGGGACACCUCGAAUCCAGAGAGGUGGGGUCCAACCUAG